UCGACUGGUAUUAAAAAAUAGUUGUCUGCUUCGGCGAGGAGGAACAAACAAGAAACAUUAUUAUUUUAUAUAACAAACGUUAUUUCAUUCGUCUUGAAGUUUCUUUAGGUUAUUUUGAGAAAUGUCUUACUGUGUUUCACAUGGUAAAGAUAAAGUGAUAUUUGCCACCGAUGAUGACCUUAAAAAACCAAGUUCUAUUGUUUUACCAGAAGAUGAAGAACCUCGAGGUUUCCUUUUACCCAAUGGAGAAAUAAACUGGGGUUGUCCAUGCCUCGGAAGCAUGGUGGUUGGUCCAUGUAGUGUGGAAUUUAGAGAUUCAAUAUCAUGUUUCCACAACAGCACUGCAGAGCCGAAAGGAAGCGAUUGUUUAGAACAGUUUCGAGAUAUGAACGACUGCAUGUCACGGUAUCCUAAUCUUUAUAAGAAAAGUGAUGAAGAAAAUGAAAAUAGUUUACAAGGUUUGGAUGAAGUUUCUGAAGAACAGUCGGUUACCGAUCUUAUAAACGGUAAUGAAAGUACCACAAAUUCUGAACUCAGUAGUCAAGACCAAAGUUCUAGAACAGAAAACAAAAUGGACAAUGUAAAUCAAUAGUAAUGUAGAUAAAUGUUAAUUGUAAAAGGUUUUGAAAAUUAGGAACUUGAAUAGGAAUUUCAUUUUUUUUAUCCAAUCAACAAGAAAUAAAUAAAUUACUUGU